CUUCGACCAUCGAGAUUUUCUUUACCUAAGUCGGUGUUUUGUUUACGUAUUUUACUAAAUGAGAUGUUUUUUCUCGUCCAGUUUUUCCGCUAAAAUGGAGUGUCUUCGGUUACGUUAUCGUCGUUCUUCCGAUACCUGCAUCGUCGUAAUUGGGUAUUAUAGUAGUUCGCUGUAGUCGUAGAUUCGUGUAGCUUUGUCGAAUAGUAUAUUCCACGAAAGGUAUCUAAAUGAUGGAGGAACGACUUAGUCACGGAUACAUACAAUUGGGCAAGUCUAGGACAGCGAAUGAUUUCCGAUUCACGAAAGGAUUUAAUCAUAUUUCACCGCCGGUUGAUAAAUAUAAUGGCAUUUACUUAUCCUUGGUGCUGGCUGGGAUUGGAUUCCUUUUACCAUACAACAGCUUCAUUAUCGCUGUGGAUUACUUCCAGUCGAGGUAUCCGGAUUCGACGAUUAUAUUCGAUAUGUCUUUGGUCUACAUAGUUGUGUCGUUUUUCGCUGUGUUAGCUAAUAAUGUUUUGGUCGAGGCUUUACCAUUGAAUACGAGGAUAACUUUUGGCUAUUUGAUAUCCUUCGUCACUUUGGUAUUCGUAGCCUUAUGCGAAGUUUGGUGGGAAGUUUUCGGUAGCAACAUAUCGUAUUUUAUUAAUUUAAUCGCCGUAGCUACGGUUGCUCUAGGUUGCACUAUUCAACAGUCAAGCUUUUACGGAUAUACGAGCAUGUUACCCAGUCGAUAUACGCAAGCUGUAAUGGCUGGAGAAAGUGCUGCCGGAUUUCUCGUAUCUGUGAAUCGAAUCCUGACCAAAUUCCUGCUCAGUAAUCAGCAAUUCAAUACGUUGUUGUUUUUCGGUAUCAGUUCGGUGGGCGUUGCUGUGUGUUUCAUUCUACAUCAGAUCGUCGAAAGGAGCGACUUCAUUCAGUUUUAUUUGACGCUUUGUCGAGAAUCGAAGAAAAUCGUCCUAGAGCCCACAGAAGACGCUGGUUUGGUAGGUGUUCAGAUCGAGGCCUUAGACCAGAACGACCCAACAUCUCGAACACAAUACGGAGUGUUGAAAUUACGAAGUCAAAAUUCACUAGACACCAAUGGCAACUCCAGCACAGCUCUCAGCUUCGCUAAUCCAGUCUACGAGCCGAACGACAAUAACGGACCUUCGUAUAAAGUGGAAGACGUAGUAGUCAAAUUGCAAAGAAGCGGUUCCACCGGCACGUUCAAAGUAACCAAUACAUCUCGAGCAUGGAAUGCGAUCAAAAGGGGAAUGGCCACAAGAUGGAUCGUCGCAAAGAACAUAUGGCAAUACAUGGUAUCGAUCUGCGCAGCGUAUUUCGUCACGCUCAGUCUGUACCCUGGUAUCAUAUCGGAAAUCAAACGAUGUCCCGAAGACCAUUGGUUCCCAGUACUGCUAAUGACACUUUUCAAUGGAACUGAUCUGAUUGGCAAAAUGUUGGCUUCCAUACAAUACGAAUGGCUGCGCAGUCAGUUAUUCAUAUUCGCCUGCUGGAGAAUAAUGCUGAUUCCGUUUCUAAUCUUGUGCGCUGCGCCUCGAGGCAAACCACUCAUGUCUGGAGAAGGCUACCCCAUGUUUUUCUCCGGUCUUCUGGGUAUCACCAACGGUAUAGUGGGCAGUGUUCCGAUGAUCCAGGCUCCAAGACGUGUCAGCGAAGAGCAUCGUGAACUAGCAGGUAACAUCAUGACCCUCUCGUAUAACGUCGGCUUGACCGGAGGAGCACUGGCAGCCUACUUGUUGGAGAAACUGCUGGGUCCGGCUAAACUGAAACCUUGCACGAUACCAUCGGUGAAAACCGUCUUGGAAGCGCACAACAUCACCACCAAACAGAUAACCAAAGUGACCGCAGUCAUCACAACUACCAUCGCGACGCACGUCGUCAAAGAACUAUCCACAGCUCCGACCACCAUGGCUUCGAUACUUUCUAUCCUACCAAAUGCUACCAGCGCUUUCAACGCCACCAUUAAUAACGAAAUACACUAACCACAAACUACGUAGGUACUAAUAAUUUUCUAUGUACACUUAGUUCAAUUUCCAAUUCCAAUUCCAAUAUUCCAUUCGGCCAAUGCCAAUAACGUCGAAUGGAUACGUCGUCGUUUUGUAUCCUCCUCCUGCGCGGACUUCGAAAAUGCAAGUUUAAGAAAAAACAAAGGACUGUUACCGAUUUCGAUUUUUGAUUGUUCAUAUAUGUAUUGUAUUACCUAGCUUUAAGACUCUCGAACGAUAUAGCGAAUAUUUUCUUCUUCUUUUUUUGUAUACUUUUUAAGAAAUUAUUACCUAAUCUCGCCGAGUAGUGGUCUGACUAGAAAAUUUAUCUAUUUCAAGUACCUAUACUACCGAAGUACCUACCUACUAAGCAGAAAUGCACAAAGACGCGUCUCUGAAUUUCGCACAACUCAACAAAAGCUGCUUUUUUCGCUACCUAUUCACCAUCGUACUAUAAUGUACUCUUGUAUCAUAAAUAAAUUAUUAAGGUACCUCUCUAUGUGUACAUCUCUUUCUUUCUUUCUUUCUUUCUCUCUUUAAAUGCACAUUUAUUCUUCCUUCCUUUUCAGAUAUAUCUUUUCUUUUUCUUCUCAUACCUGUAUAAAAAUAUCUACAUACCUAUACACAUCCACCGUUACAUGAUUUUUCAUCAUCUUUGAUCACUGCAAGUAUUAUAUUUGAUAUUUUUAUCGAACAACAACUUUUUAUACGUCAUGAUGUUUAUUUACAUUUUUUUUUCUUUUUUUAUAGGUUGUAAUCUCAUUACGUUUUUUUUUGUGAAUUUUAAUAAUUUAUUUAUAAUAAUUUAUCGGAUAUAUUUUUACGACUUCGGUUUACGAAAAAUAUAACAACACUCUUGUACAUACUUAUAUAGCUUUUACUAUGUAUACUGUAGAUACGUAAGUAUGUAGACGAAUUUAAAAUGUGAAUAUAUCUCUCAUUUAUGAA